AUGUCGAAGGGAAUAGAGAAAGUGGGUGGCACUAAGCAGUUCAGGUGGCUACCCCCCAUGCACACGACUCUACUUAGGCUACUUGCCGAGGAGGCUGCGAAGGGCAACAAACCUUCUAACACUUUCAAGGCCGGCUCCUUUGCUUUUGUAGCGAAGGAGAUAUCUGCUCAAUUUGGGGUUGAGUGCCACCCUUCUUAUGUAGAGAAUCGGCUGCGGACUUUGAGGACCAUGUGGACCACUAUUCAAACUAUUAGGAAGAAGAGUGGUUUCGGGUGGGAUGAUAACUUAAAAAUGAUAACGUGCAAUGCGAAAACAUAUCAAGAAGAAGUCAUGGCGCAUCGUAAGUAUGCAGAGUAUCUAAACAAAAAGAUUGAGAUGUAUGAUGAAUUGGCUAUUGUAGUGGGGAAGGAUACAGCCACGGGUAGCUUUUCUAAGUCGUAUGUGGAUAUUGAGAAUGAGCCAGACAAUGGGGAUAGUACUGAGUUUGUGGUGGACAAUGGGGAGGAAGGUGUGGUGGACAAAGGGAAGAAUGCGGUAGAGUCAUCCACCACUGGGUCGAGAAUUUCCAAGUCCUGCAAAAGAGGGCGUGCACCUCCCUUUGAUGAUAGUGUGCUGACUGAUCUGUCUGAUCAGCUGAAGGAAAUUGCUGUGCCUUUGAAAGAAAUCAAUUGGGGGCCUGUUGAUUACACAACUCUUUACUCUGAGGUCAUGGCUAUGGUGGCGGAUGGGUAUAGUGAAGACAUGCUUGCAACUGCCUUUGACCAUCUCUGUGAAAAUAAGAAGGCAGCACGAGGAUUUCUAGCCAAGAAUGCUAAGCUGAGAAAGCUGUGGAUGGAUAGUUUUUUGUUCACACACCUUUGA